CGGUUACAUCCCCACCAUCCCCACCAUCCACAGCUAAAUCAAAAUCAACGGCCGCAGCAGCACGUCAGCAUGAGAGCUGCAGUUCUGCUGCGGCGGGGGCCAUGGUUUGGGCUUGGGUUUGGGCUUGCCAAGACGAGACUAAGAGCGCCGGGAUGGGAGGAUCGAACGGGGAUUCGAACAUGGGCGGUAGUAGCGACAGCAGAGAAAGCUGCUAGAGGGCAAGGGCCGCUCGGAAAAGACCGAGAAGACAAGGGACUGGCGUCAAAUUGCCCCCCCCUGGUCGAGAGAAGGAAGAGGAGGACGGAGCUGAACGGCAACAGAGGAUAUGGAGCUUGGCGCAAAUCCCCAUCCAAGCCCGCAAACUCAAAAAGCGAUUUGUAUCCAGCCUCCAAAUAUGGUGCAUUGCUGCCGCAAGUGGCCCGUAUGUCAUCAGAGGCAGCUAAUUCGCUGGGAGCUGAAAAAGGGGAGUGGACUACGGAUACGGGACCUGACACUCUUUCUGUGUCUGACAUUCUUCAACAUCUUUGGUUUAUUGUUACUAAUACAUAUCUAUAUACAGCGGAUGGCCUUGUUCGCCAUCAAGACGUUGGAAUUCCAAUGGGUACAAAUGCUGGUCCUGAGAUUGCUAACCUUACACGCUAUUGGGAUGAGGCGCAGUACGUGGACAACCUGCAGCGUUCAGAUCCCUCUGCAGCCCGUCGAUAUGUUUUCACUUAUCGGUUCAUUGAUGAUGUGCUUACCUUUGAUUGUCUGCCACCAUCGCCAGCCUAUUAUGGUCUUGAAUGGAAAGAGACCACUGCGGCUGAUGGCUCGUGCACCUUUUUAGGUGCGAAACUGCAGACACGGGCUGGCGGAUCUCUCCGAUUGAGUGUGUUUGAUAAGACUGUUGCAUGGGAUUUUCCUGUUAUACGAUAUCCUAGUGCAACGUUGAACAUUCCAUCUCAUCAGCCUGCAGUAGGGCCCACUCGUGGUGGGACUUCCACCACCCCCUACACGAAGGAGGAGGAGGAGAAGAUGGCCGCCCUUUUACAGGAGAAAAAGGAGAAGAAGGAGGCCAAGAAGAAGGCCUUGAAGGAGGAGCAGGCGGCCAAACUAAAAAAGAUGGAAGAAGAGAUGGCCAGGGAGAAAGAGAAGUUGAAAAAGGAAGAAGAAGAGAAGCUGAAGGAGAUGGAUGAAGAAGAGGAAGGUCCGUCACUGCAAAAGAGUAGCGGGCAGCCCAGAAGUGGUAACGGUGGGAACCUAGAGAAGAGAAUAUCCGAGUGGGUUGCCAACCUGACUGUGGGAGAAGAGGAAGAGGUUAGUAUGUAUAUUCCGCARGAUCAGCAAGARGCUGCCAUGAGGGCUUGGGAUGCAGAGAAAGACCCCCUUAGACGCCAGGCGUUGGAAGAUGAGAAGAGGAUGGAGUGGAAGUUAGCGGUGAUGAGGGAGAAAAAAAGGAGAGUUGACAAGGCAGCAGAGGCAGCGGAAGCACUGGAGGAAGUGAAAACGAUAGAACAACAAUUAGCCGCCCAACCCGAUUUCCCGAAUCAGAUGCGAGGCAUGGCUCGAAGCAUCGCUUGCCUGGCACGAGUCCAGGCAGAUCAGUAUGACUUCAGCAGGAGUCAAGAUAUAGCUGUGCGCUCGAUACGAUUGGGCUUUAGGGACUUUGCUCGUGAGCUGGUAGGCGCCGUUGGGGCUGAGCGGGAUGGAGGUUUUGUGGACCUGCCGGGGCGGCGCAUGCCGUUUAGUGAGUAUGCCCAGCUGGAGUUUCCCCGUCUUGGCACACUCCUACCAGCAGACUACAAAAGUGCAUGGAACGACUUGACGGUCGCAUUCAGGGAUUACAAGGACUCUCCGGAAGUGCUGCGGAAAGACUUGAUAGACCAGGGGGUGGUUCUAAUUGAGAGUGUAUCAGGAAGCUAUGGCUAUAGCAUUGACACGUCUGCCUUGCACAAGCUGCGCGUGCAGCAGAAGGUAUCGCCGUCAGCGAGGGUGGUUGGGGGAACCGAAGGGAGAGGUGUGACCCCGCUGGAGAGCGGAAGUAUGUCGUCCCCCCCCCAAAGCUGUGGACAACAAGUGCAGGGUGUCAGGGGCAAAAUGCAGGUGCCCCUUGCUGUCCCAGACACAGCUCCGUCUCCUCCUGCAGAUGCCUGUGGUGCGCCACCGUUUAUCCUACAGAAGGCAGAUAAUCGCACUGCACGUGUUCCACCGUCAGAUUCAGCGAGUGUCUUAAUCGACGGAUCAGGCGAUUCCGUCCCCGAAAGGUUGUCAAGAAAGCAAAGAAGCGCAGACAAUGAUGCACACGAACAAGAGGAUCGAACCGUUUCGUCAGGAAACGAAGUCAGCCAGGCCAAGGCAGAGCUACAGGCCUCUGCCGCAACAGCGCGGAAUGCUACGGACACCUCCAGCCGGCAGAGAAACACAGAUGAGAGCAGUAACCUGCUGCACACCCGUCAGGACGCGGAACUGCAAAAGGAAGGCGACUGCGUGGAGGGGGAUCGACAGACUGACCUGGAGAGGAUGACAUCGGCUGCCAUGGAUGCAUCCCUUUCUGUGGCUGCAGAGAUCGGCUUGGCCGGUGUUGACGAGGCGGUGAAAGCAGUGACGGUUGUGAACGAGACAGGAUCUGUACCGGCUGAUCUGACGGUUCAACGAACCGAAGAAUGGCUUGCGCUAAGACGAUGGCGGCUUACCGCAAGCGCAUUCGGCAACGCUCUCGGGUUCUGGAACGGUGGACGCGAGGACCUUUGGAUGCAGAAGAUUGGCCUUAAAGAACUUGCAGAGAAUGAGGCGAUGCGUUGGGGCUCCAGUCAAGAGCCUCAUGCCAUCGAAAGGUACAAAAAGAUUACGGGCAACGUUGUGACCCCCCUAGGGUUCCGAGUGUACAGGGACGGACAAGAUGCAUAUAACUGGCUGGGGGCGAGUCCGGAUGGAUUGCUGGAAUCAGAUGCUGCAGGACUGGGAAAAGCAGGAGGGGUGUUGGAGGUUAAGUGUCCGUUUGGGAAAUACAAACAUCCCUACAAGGAAGUGCCUCCUUAUUAUAUACCGCAGGUGCAAGGAUUACUCGAGAUUCUCGAGAGGGAGUGGUUGGAUUUUUAUGUUUGGACUAGAAGACGCAGCGUUCUCUUCAGGGUCUACAGAGAUCGCGAGUACUGGAAUUUAACCUAUAGUAUGCUUAGCGACUUCUGGUGGAAGCAUGUGAUGCCAGCAAAGCAGGCGCUUGACAGAGGGGACGAAACAGCAGCCAUGAAACUCAGACCUUCGGAUGAGCACUACUUAACGGAGAAGAUCCGAGCAGAAAGCAAACGACUUUCUGAGAGUGCGGUGGUCCUUUGGUCCCAGGAGGAUUGGACAAUAAGGAGAGAACCAAGGUCAAGGUCCUUCUAAGUUCAUGCCAAACCAGUUCUCGCGUUCCAUUAUCGUUGUCCUUUUUUUUUUUUUUUUUUUUUUUUUUAGCAUCCCCGAUUCAUGAUUAUUCAAUUUAAGACUUUACGUUGAUUGUGUACUGUCAUUCCGAGGCCGGCUGCUGGAUGAUGGGAAAGAGGGAUCGGUGGUUGGAGGAAGGGAGAGAAGCAGACGCGGAGAUGGGGAUCGACUGGGACCAGCAUGAACCUCGCCUGGGAGAUGAGGAGAUGAUGGCAGUGGCACGAGUCCGACAAAUUGGUCAUAACACCAAGAAGUUUGUAGUACUUUGUACUGAUCAGUUGAAGUCCCUAUAGGGCUAUGAUUGUGCUGGACGAGCAUGAACCUGACCUCACCUCAAGACGAGCAUGAACCUGACCUGCAGGAUUUUCACGCUAGUCUAGCACAGCCAUAGCUGGUGACCGACAAAUCACCAUCAGGUAGGCACAUGCGGCAAAGGGAGCUGAUGGGAUGAAGCCAAAACUUCCCACUGAAGAUAGAUUGAUGUGAAGUAUCGAGCAGAAUCGCACCGAAUUCACGACAUCCGGUACAAUUGGAAUGAUACCGAGAAGAUUGAUUAGCAUGGCCCCUGCACAAGGACACCACACAUAGAUGGAGAAACGGUCCAAUUCUUCUUCUUGUUCUUCUCCUUGUUCUUCUUCUUGUUCUUCUUCUUGUUCUUCUUCUUGUUCUUCUUCUUCUUCUUCUUCUUCUUCGUCUUCUUCUUUGUCUCAUUUAGGAAAGGAUGGAUUGGUACAAGAGUGCUUUGGGCAGAUAAAUGGGUGCAGUGCAACCGCAGACGGAAGGUUUAUAGGGGUGAUCAUCGGAAGCAAUUGAUCAUCGGAAGCACUUGUUGCUAUUUAGUAUUUAUAGAGACCUGCCUACUUCCAAAGGAGGGUAGGAUCAUGCUGCAGGACUCACGCACACGUGCGCUGUCAGGACUCGCGCACACGUGUUAUGAGGUUGGGUACACGUCUCUUUCUCGACAACCCCUGUUAUGGAUUCAGUAAGAUAUCAGAUGUAUAUCAGUAGGAUGUUUCAUAGCCAUUGACACACAAGGAUUUGCAAUAUCAAGCCACUCGCGAAAGGGGUUGGACUGCAAUGUUCCGUGUCCGACGACUGGGCUCAGCCAUUCUAUAUCUAGUUCAGAAUCUGUCUGAGCAGUGCAUAGGAAUAUCUGAUCGGGACAUGCGUUAAAAUUGGAACGAUACAGAGAAGGGUAAAUUUACUAAAUUUUACCAAAUGGCCUGCCUUCUGUUGCAUAAACGGCGCACCACUGGCAUCUGCAGGAGGAGAGGGACAGCAAAGGACACCUGCGCAAGGAUGGCACACAUAAAUUGAGAGAAUAUGUGUUCGACCAUUUGGUUUUCGCUUUUGAACGCUGGCGUUCAUCCAACCUAUCCCAUCCCAUCGAAGCUCAUGCCAUGGUCGCAGAGUUUCAGCGCAGACCCACUUCAUGACAUAUAUCUAUUCAACUUUCAAGUGAGUUCCUUGCUGCAUAUUCGACUUUUGGUUCGACCAUUUGGAUACCCACGUCGUUACCUGCCUGAGAGAUUAUGUGUUCGACCAUUUGGUUUUCGCUAUUUAUUCAAGUGGGUUUCCUUCCGGUGUCCGCUGCAUUUUUAAUUUUAGAUGCGUGUACACUGUACAAUCCUCUGCUCAGCUUGGCGUAAAAUGGCUCCAGUGGCAGCGACGAGUAUUCACUUCUCCCAAGUGGUUUGAAUGGCGGCAGCGUAAGAUGAACAACGACUCUGCAGUCGAACGGGCAUGGGCGUAAAACGGGCUCCACUUCUGGCGAGGUGUUUCUUGUGGUUUGACAGCUCCUCGGCUUCUUGUGGCAUCAUGAUCAACAGUCGCCGCUCAGAAGAACAUGCUUGGGCUUUUUUUUUUUUGUUGUUGGAGUAAGUCGUUGUUGGAGUAGCGUACACUCGAGUUACAAAUACGACCAA